CAGACCCUAGGGGUUAAAACACAAAACCUGAGCCACCACCAAACAAUCGAGAUUAUAUAAAUUCAGCUUGAAAAGAAAAACCUCUUGUUUCGGAAAACCCUAGCGGCCACUCACAGAUCCGAAUUCUUCCAAGCUUUACUCCCGCCUAGCGUUUCCGAUACCGAAAGCUACACCAUGGCUGACGUUGAGGCCGAUGUUGCGGCGGCCGGAGUUCCGAAGAAGAGAACAUUUAAGAAGUUCAGCUUCAGGGGCGUCGAUUUGGAUGCUCUCCUCGACAUGUCCACCGAUGAGCUUGUCAAGCUCUUCCCUGCCAGAGCUCGCAGAAGGUUUCAGAGGGGUCUGAAGCGCAAGCCUAUGGCUUUGAUCAAGAAGCUGCGCAAAGCGAAAAGAGAGGCUCCACCCGGUGAAAAGCCAGAGCCAGUCCGUACUCACCUGCGUAACAUGAUUAUAGUUCCGGAAAUGAUUGGAAGCAUCAUUGGAGUGUACAAUGGUAAGACCUUCAAUCAGGUUGAAAUCAAGCCUGAGAUGAUCAGCCACUACCUUGCUGAGUUCUCAAUCUCAUACAAGCCUGUGAAGCAUGGUAGACCUGGUAUUGGUGCCACGCACUCUUCGAGGUUCAUUCCUCUUAAGUGAGAUUUUUGCCAGCGGUCUAGAUGUCUGGUCAUGUUAUUUCUUUCAGACUUUGAUGUCGAUCGCAUUUUUGAUCAUUGCUUUUCAGUUUUGUUAUAUUAUGACCAUAUCUUGAUUACUAUUUAGAUGGAAGUUAUAUUUACUAUUGUGGUCCUUUGGAUGCGCAGACUAUGAUUGGAGCGCACAAUUUAAUGUCAGCAUAGUUGAAUUUAAAUGCGUGUUCUCUUGA